CCGCAACCGCCCGCUUAAAAGAACCGUUGUAGAUUUGUAUUUACUUUACUAUGAAACCGGUAGGUAAUUUACAAUAACAUUAAACGUAUUUUCGUUCGCCGCUGUCAAACCGAGUGAGGUUUUGUUAAUUUUAUCAACUUCUGUUAUUAAAAAUAAAUAAUAUUUAUUAUGAGACGUGGGGAGAGUUGGUAACUUGGCUCAGAGCAAAUUGAUGGAUAAACCACGGUCCUCGACCUCCGACGAGUCUAACAAGACUAUUGAAACGGAAGUGAGAACGGCUAGAUCUUCGAUUCUAAAGCCACAGAGACCAAGGACGCCAUUCCAGGAUACAACACUUGGAUAUAUAAAUGAAGAAUUUGAUCUUACAAACAGAAGACGGCGAGUUAGUUUUGCAGGUGUAAAUAUCGUUAAGGAAUUUUGUUCAAAGACUGAAUCCCAGCAUAUUGGAUAUAUCCAGGCUUAUGAGGAAACUUUUUCCCUCUCAUCUGAUUCUUCUCAUUUUACUAACAGUGAACCUAGUGCAAUACCAGUUAGACCUUACUUAAACAAUUUAGAAACUUCAGAUGAUUCUAUCCUAUCAGAAAAAUCAAUGGAUUUGACUUUGAAUUCAUUAAAUGAUGAUUUGAUUCAAAAUUGCGACCAAGGUGGUAAAAUUCAGAAUUGCCUUCCAAAUUUUGAUAUCUUGAGCCAAAACAGGUUUGUCAUGGAAUCAGAUAAAGAAAACCACUUGAUCCCUAUGGUGAAGAAUCCUAAUUUCCUUCCCAAUAUGAUGACAUAUAAUUUCUCAGGCAACAUGGUCGAUGAUAAAAAGGUUUUGGAUGUUUCCGACACGAAUAUGAGCAUGACCAAUGUGCUUUACCGGCCUGACGAAUUCACCGACCCUCGAAAUAAAGAUCUAUUUAACUAUUCUAAUAUAGGUGACUUGUCAAACAACGAUAUGGAGAUGACUGAAGCUAUUCAUGUUCAAAUUGGAAACCGGUUCUCUGAAGGUGAUAACAUAAAAAACUCAAGUGGAAUGGAAUUCACCGAAGUUCUGCCCACACUCAGACCAAGGAAAUCCUUAGCUCCGCAAACCCUAGUUACGCUACCCUUGUGUAAUGAUGAAGAACAAUUCAGAAUUGAAAGUGAUACAGAAAAAUUACAAUCAAAUCAAUCUGCAUGUGAUAAGGAUCUCAAUACAAGUUUAUUUCAAAACCAACUUGAUACUUCGAUGGAGUUCACAAAUGUUAAUAACAUCAGAUCUUUUGUAAAUUUCCACAAGAAUACAGAAUGUGUGAACUCACAGCGUACCAGUGAUCCUGUUGUAAUUGAUAUGGAAAUUACAGAACAGGUGAAUAUGAAAUUUAUCUAUGAGAGAAGAGACAACCUUAAUCAAACUCACGAAAAUAGUGAAAUGCAAUUCACUGAGGUGAUUUCAAAAACUCCUUUAAAUGAAAGUAUUGGAAUGGAAUUAACUGAAGCUGUACCGCACAAUUUUUUAAACACUCCUCACCAAACUCAGGAAAAUCAAAAGCCUUGUUUAGAUGUCAAAGAAACAAAUCCUAUUUUUAGUGAGAUGAGCAUUCUCGGUGAGGUGCCACCAAAACAGGCUUUCUUCUCGCAGAAGAUGUCACUACUGCCAAAUGUACUGGGAGUAUCUCAAGUAGAGACAGCUUCUCAAGUAGAGACUGAAUGCAACCAGGAAAAGCUGUCUCAACUGAUAGGAUUGGAGCCGACUGAAGAAGAGUAUAAACAUCUUUCGAGUGCACAUCUGAGUAAAAAAAUGGUUGAAAAAGAAGAUGAUUUCAUGGACCUUACUCAAAAUAGGUUACCUGCUUCGCAAGAAGAAGAAUCUCUUUCUUCCGAUGAUAAAGAACAGAUGUCAAUUAAAGAGGGUUUGAAUAAUAAAUUUGACAUUUAUGAGGACUUAGGCGAUACUUCAUCAAACAACGAUUUAUCUUUUAAACAGACUGAAGCUACAAAUCAUAGAGAUAAGAAACGAGAAAAAGGUUUAGGAGAAAUUUUAAGCCGAAAAUCUUUAGCUCCUGACAAGUUAGAUGAUUCGAUGCAUGCUAAUGAAGAUUUUUCACAUAAAAAAACUUGCAUCCGUUCACCCGCCACUUGUGAGAGGGUCAUUUCUUCAUUCCGUCUUGAGUUGGAUCAUUCCUUGGAGCUAAGUAGUUCAAAGUCAUCAAAAUUAGCAGGAAUUGCAAACUCUGAGGAUUUAAAUAAACCUGAUAAAAAUAUUCCUGUUGUAUCAGGUAAUUAUGAAAUGUGUGAUGAUAAUCCUUUAAAAGGAAUUUUAGAGGAAUCUGUACUGCCUGAUUUUGUGCCGAUAAAACACAGAGAUUCGACCAAAUCACAAAACAAUCAACAGAAGGAAAACGCUGCGCCUAAAUCAAACUGCCCAUUGUUUACUGUUUUUCAAUCACCUGAUAAAGAGAAUGGAAAUGAGGUUGAAUGUGCACCAAGAAAACAACCUGAGGCAGCACAUUUAGAAAUAUCUGAUGAAAAUCCGUUAAAAGGAAUUUUAGACGAAUCGGAACACAACUCUGAUAAAUCUCCUAACCGAUAUUCAACCUACCAUUCGCCUCAAAAUGAAGAAGCAGGUUCAAAUUUAUCUGCCGAUGGUUCUGAGAUUAUUCAAGAAAAAUCUGAAUUGUCGACUGUAAAAAAUAAGCCUCGUUCUAAAAGGUUUACCCAUUAUUAUUGCGACGAAGAAAACGUACAAGAUAAAUUGAACAUUUCAGAUGGAUCUGACAAUAAAUUGUUACCUGAACAGAAUUCAAUGCUCUUUAAUCAAGACGUAUCGUCUGAAAAUACUGAUCAGGUUGUAGAAAAUGCACACUCAAUGAAAUUCAUAUCAAAUGAUACCCUUCUUAAAGGUGUUUUGGACGAUUCUGAAUCAAAAUCACUUGAGGGCAGUGCUUCAGAGCAAGAAGGAUCUUCCAAACUUUCAAAGAAACCACUGGAAAUUACGCCGUACAAGAAUUCAAUCGGAGAAUUAUUCGCAAAAAGGCGUUCAGAUAUGUGCAAGUCGUUUUCUUCUAGCAAUGAGUCAAAACAUUUCGAAAAGCCAGAAGACACCUCCCAAAGCACCGAUAGAGUCCUAACUUGCCAUCCUUUGCAAGAAGUUUUACAAAAUUCAGUCAUAGAACCGAUGGAAUUGCAGCAACAUUCGUCUUCUAAGAAAGGAAUCAGGCAUGAAGUACCUGUCGAAGAAGACAUUAAAAGCGCUUGUGAAUCUUUACACAAGACUUCUUUAAAUGAUGACAUGAAUGUAGUAAAUACUAUCAACCAUUCAAAGAGCGUUCAUGCCAAAAUGAAUCUUCUGGAAAAAUUCAACAAUAGUGAACAAAACAAUACACAGUUGGAAAUUCAUGUUCCAUGUACAGAGGAAAUAGUUGAAACGGAAUUGAUACAGAUAGAUGCCGACGUUCAAGAAGUUGAGGCCCAUUCUGUUAAACAAAUGCCUGAUUUAAUUUCUCAUAAAGAAGACGUACAAAGCACUGCUGAUAAAUUUUCUCCUUGUCCCAUGGUAUUAAAUGAGGAAGUUGAUAAACAAAACUGUUUAGAAGAAAUAGAUGUAAUUAAUGAUGUCCAAAUAUCUGAUGAAGCAUUCGAACCUAGAGCUGUUUUGACACCAUUUGCUGACACUCAGAAAGAAUAUUUAUCAUCGACGGACUCUAAAAAGAGAAAUAUUACUCUGUCCUCUUUUAUGUCUGGGGCAAACACACCUUAUGAAAAGCUCUCUUACUUCAGUGUAACUGCGUUAUCAACACCUGGUGAAAACUUUGCCAAUAACCAGCGGUCAGGAAAUGACAAGACUUCAGAUAAGGCUUAUGCGAUCAGGAUUAAAAAUCGAGAUUUUAUGGCAAGCCUGGGCUUCAAACGAAUUACUUUGUCAACAUGGAAGUAUAAAAUUUGUCACCAUUUUUACCUGGUUGUUGAAACGGGUCUACAAGAAAUUUUUGAAUUUACAUCUAUAAAGAAAAUUUAUUAUUUGAGAAAGCUGCAAAUGACUGAUGAAAUUCUUGAUUUUAUAGAAAUAAACUUUAAAAUUUCCUUUCCUGAGAUACAUCUUGUAAAUCAAUGUAAGAAUGUCGGCCAGCUUAAGCAAAUCACAUUUGAGAUAAACUCCUUCUGGAAAAAGUUGACACCACUUGUUGAUGCUUUGAAUUAUUUGAGCCAACGUUUUCCUUUCACACUUGUCAACCGAAAACUUAGCUUUUCAAUAAUCAAUUUAGAUGCAAAGAUAAAAUUUGAUGUAAUAAUCAACCUUUCUGAUUGGAAGCAAGGCAUUGGGGAAAGGAAUGUCUCUAUUUGCCAAGGGAUUGGUCAAGUCAAUGAGAUGGCAGUGAAAUUUUUAUUUGAUAGCAAUCCGUUUGAAGAGGACAUCUUUUUCAAAUAUGUUACCGAACUCAAAAAUCAUUGUGGGCUGCUGAACAGAAAUUUAAGCUAGCCAUACGGCUGGAUGGUUUCAAAAUUACUUUAAUGUUUAAUAAACAAAAAACAAACAUUUUAUAUA